UUUUCCCACUUCCCUAGCUGGAAUCAGUUGGUGUAGUAAUAAGCGGAAAAAGUUGGAUAAGGAAAUAGAUUUAGUAAAUUUUUGAUAACCAAAAGUGCAAAUAUUGUGAAAAUGUGCGGAGGAUUUACCUGCUCGAAAAAUGCGCUAAUUGCGUUGAACAUUUUGUAUGUGAUGGUGGGAUUCCUGUUGAUUGGAGUUGGCAUUUAUGCGCGUGCCGCCUCCAUAGUCACAAAUUUACCGAUUGUGGGUGGAAUUUUAGCCUGCGGCGUAAUAUUGAUAUUGAUUUCCAUACUUGGACUGGCAGGUGCAGUGAGGCAUCACCAAGUUAUGCUAUUUUUCGUAUCCUUUACAAAAAAAAGUAUACGCGCGAAAAGCAUCAUAUGUAUGAGCGUUCUUUUUCAUUUGCAUUAAAAUGUAUAAAGUACC